GAUGGAUUUCAAAACACGUCUGUUGUCCUUUUAAAGCCACAAAGUACCACAACAAAAAGGGUUUUAAAGAAAAAGGCUUUCUAACGUGAGUGUGUCUGCGAGGAUUUUCGGUCUCCAAGCUCCGCCCUCUCCGGGGUCACCUGACCGCUCAUCGCGAGAGUGUUUCAUGUUCUCGGAGCUGAAUGGAGAGGUGAAGCGGUCCGUGUGUGCGUGUGUGUGUGAGUGUGUGUGAUAGAGUGAGUGUGUGUGUGUUUAUGUGUUGUUUGUCCUCUGUUUUCCCUUCCUCCGUCGCUCUGUGAUUCCGGCUCACCGGCGCGCUGGGGGGGAACUCUGGCAAAGGAAGCCGCGCAGUUCACCGCUCGGACCCGCGGCGCGGCGCCAGCAGCAGCAUGCUCACCCGGGUCAAAACAGCCGUGGCCAGCUUCGUGGGCGGCAUCAUGGCCGGCGCUCCGGACGGAGAGCAGCUAAGUGGCGCGGAGCUGCCCCACAAAUUCCCCUACAUGAGGCCGGCGUUCCUCGGACUGUCGCCGGACGAGAUCGAGUGCUCGGCGGAUCACAUCGCCCGGCCCAUCCUCAUCCUCAAGGAGACGAAGCGAUUACCGUGGGCUACGGGCUACGCAGAGGUGAUAAAUGCAGGGAAGAGUGCUCUGAAUGAGGACCAGGCAUGCUGUGAGGUCAUUGUAGUGAAGAAAAGACCUGGAGGAUCGUCUACACCGAGCAAAACUCCUACAGCCAAAAGGAGGUCUUCACUGCCCAACGGAGAGGGUCUGGGGCUCAGAGAGAAUUCAGAGUCUGAAGGGCUGGUCUUCCACUAUUGGGCUCUGUUUGACGGACAUGCAGGUUCGGGCGCCGCAGUCAUGGCCUCCAGGCUGCUCCAGCAGCACAUCAUAGAGCAGCUGCAGGACGUCCUGGAUGUCUUGCGUAACCUGGCCUCGCUUCCCCCGACUGUGCUGGGAGAAGAGCCCAACCACCAAGCCACCCCCGGAUCGAACCGUGCUCUGACCCGGGCAGCGUCCCUCCGUGGAGCCGCUGGCGCCCCAGGCUCACCCUGCACCCCUCCACCCCGCUUCUUCACUGAGAAGAAGAUCCAGCACGAGAGCCUGGUAAUCGGAGCACUGGAGAACGCCUUCAAAGAGAUGGAUGCCCAGAUUGAGAGAGAGAAAGCGGUCUAUAGUAUCUCUGGUGGAUGCACUGCUCUCGUGGUGGCCUUCGUUCUUGGAAAGCUAUACGUGGCCAAUGCAGGGGACAGCAGAGCCAUCAUAAUCAGGAAUGGGGAGAUCAUUCCGGUGUCUUCAGAGUUCACUCCUGAGUCAGAGAGACAGAGACUGCAGUUCCUGGGUUACAUGCAUCCCCAUUUGUUAGGAGGAGAGUUCACACACUUGGAGUUUCCCAGGAGGGUCCAGAGGAACGAAGUGGGCAAGAAGAUGCUGUACCGGGACUUCACCAUGACUGGCUGGGCAUAUAAGACUAUCGAGGACGAGGACCUGAGGUUCCCCUUAAUAUACGGAGAAGGAAAAAAGGCUCGAGUGAUGGCCACAAUAGGAGUGACUCGUGGCCUGGGUGACCACGACCUCAAAGUCCAUGAUUCCAAUAUCUACAUUAAACCAUUUCUGUCCUGCUGUCCAGAGGUGAAAGUGUAUAAUCUGACUCAGUAUGAGCACGGGGCGGAUGACGUGUUGGUGAUGGGCACUGACGGCUUGUGGGACGUUCUCUCUAAUGAAGAAGUGGCCGAGUCUGUCACCUCUUUCCUCGCCAACUGUGACCCAGAUGACCUCCACAGGUACACCAUGGCAGCCCAGGAUCUGGUGAUGCGUGCUAGGGGUGUUCUCAGGGACCGAGGCUGGCGUAUCACCAACGACCGUCUGGGUUCUGGAGACGACAUCUCAGUCUACAUCAUCCCCCUUAUGUAUGGUAAUCGCCAACAGUAGAGCACAGCUCCUCUGGUGAGCUCUGCGUUCUCUGUCUCACACUCUCUCCUAUAGCACAGCCCCAAAAGCACUACCUGUCCUGUUGUGUUCUCUCAGUGCAGUGCAGUAAGGGAUAAACGAAGUCUUUUCUUAAACAACUCUCCACUCCCUGUGAUGUACAGUGUACAGUGUUCUUUAUACUGGCAUGAGAAAAAAAAAACAGAAACAUUUGUAUGUACAAGAGACCUUUCUCAGACUGAGCUCUGUCACUUUCUACUUUGCCACUGCAUGAACGUGUACUUUUUAUUUUUUAUGUCUUUUAUCUCCUUUGUUACAUGAAGUUCUGUGUAUGGCAUUCUUUGUCAAAUGAAGGCAAAUCUUAUUUAUUGUCCAGUCUGCCCCAGUCAUUAUUUUUAGGUUGCUUUUUUCUGUUUGUGGUGUUGUGCAGUAGGAAUUAAGGAUGUAUGAGCAAAGUGCAAUGAUGUCCAAAUCUGGAAAUGUUUCUAAUCAUUGUUCAAUUGUUUGUUUUCAUGUCCAAAGCUGGUCACUGCACUUGGUGUAUUUCUUAGACGAAUAUAGCUUUAUUGAUUGUAUGUCAUAGAAAUUGAUCAGUAGGUCAAGUUGAAUUUGUACUAUAGUAUAUUCACUUUCUGGUUGGGAACCGUCUCUCCCACCCAAAUGUUUGGGCACCUUAGCCAAAAUCAUGCUUUGUUGACUUUGUAUGUAAAAUAAGUUGACACAUCCUCUACAGAGAACACACUUUUAAUGCACAAGUACUGUUACUGUUAAAUUCAGCAAAUAAAUGGAAAUUGUGCUCAAACAUUUGGAGAAAAUGCCCUAUGUAAGUUCCUGUAGAGGGCAUGUUAACUUAAUUUCAUUAGAAAAUCAAAAAAACGUCACUAGAGCGGGGGUGUUCAGACUUUUUAAAAUAUAUUAUAGGUCUCUUUUAAUGAUUGUCAUCAUGACACUUUUUUGUUUAUUGUCAGUCUAAGCAGAAUUUAUCAGAUAAUCAGCUGAAGGGGGAUUCCACUGAUUUUUCUAAAUGUCUGCAUAAUUAAGAGCUUGAGAUGUAAACAUUGAAGUCAUUCUUAGUAGUUUGAUGUGAAAUGGUUUAUUCUAGAGAAACCUACAAACUUUCUGGUGAUUUACAUUACAGUGGUGGUCAUAGAGGUCACAAAUUUCUACAAUGCAAAUGUCCAGAAGGAUAAGCAGCUCAGAACGUGUGUGUGUGUGUGUGUGUGUGUGUGUGUGUGUGUGUGUGUGUGUGUGUGUGUGUGUGUGUGUGUGUGUAAUGAAAAGGCCAACCUAUCAUAAAACAAUGUCUUUGACAUUAGGCUGCAAAUUCAUAAGCAUUUCUAUAUUCUUUCUAUAUUGCCUUUCGAGACAUAUAAACUGCUGUCACCUAGUUCUCAUCACCACCACUGUGUAUAAUUGUGAGUCAGUACAUGUCUCUAGAACAGAGCAUUUCAUAUCAAAACACAACACAAAAUAACAAAUGAAUUAUGUAGACAUUUUAAAAAAUCAGGGGGAUUCUCUUUUAAGCCAAAAGUCAAGCCUAUCCAAUAGGAGGGGAUCUUUGCGUUUGGGUUUUACAUUAUCCAGAUUUCUUGACAGAUCUUGCUUUGUGAAACACCCUCCAGUGCUCUUUCCUUUCUGUCUUUGUUAAAUCAGGACCAAAAAAUUGGUGGAUGUGCUCGAUAUAUUAGAAAAUAUGUAGACAGCCGUCACUCUUAGCCAUUCAGUGCAUGCUGUAGUGUCGUUUGUUAGACAAUUUUGAAUCACAGUUUAGUCAGUAGCAAUGAUUUUACAUAUUUGCAAUAUAUGCAGUAUGUUUACCUCCAGUAUACAUGUUUUGAAGUUGCAGAAAAUGUAUUAGGAUGGUUUUGUCCAUGCUUUGUUACUGAGAGAGGACGUUUCAUUGAGAUCGUGUAAACAGUCGGAGCAUUUGGCCCUCGCUCGCACUCUGAUCCAGCCAAUCCUCUCAAUCAGAUUAGAGAUGGAUCCGAAACGUUAACUCUAAUGCCCCGUGCUCAUGUUAGCCUCAGCAAACUGGAAGUCUGCUUUAGCUAAAAGAAUUACUGCACAUGCGAGAACACUCUUAAAAAAUAAAGCUACCAAAAAUGGUUCUUUGGAGCAGUGCCAUAGAAAAGCCACCUUUGGUUCCCUGAAGAACCUUUCAGUGGAUGGUUCUUUAAAGAAAAUGUUGGAAGAACUUUAAGGAACCUCCACAUAAUUUAAAGGUCAGUUUAGCAGUUAAAGGUUUUUCCUAGAACCGUAUGUCCAAGCAAAGAACCAUUUAGGAACCUUCAUUUGCAAGAGGCUCAGACCUACAUUACUGCAGUACAUUCCAUCACACAAAAUGCGCUCAUGCUUAUGAGUGUGCAGUAUUUGAAGUACUGUGAGAGAACGAUGUUUAAUACAUGCAUGUUAAUUCAAGGUUGCAGUAUUGGUUAAUAAGAAAAAAAAAUUCUAGGGUUCCCAUGGAAACUGCUGUUAGUUUUACAUGCACUUGAGUCAUUAUGGGAUGAAUUCCUCUGGCUGGAGCAUGACUGCAGGUUAAUUGUUCGCUCUGUCAUGAGCUUGCUUCAUGUUUGAAGCAUGUGUGAAUUUUGAAGAUGUUUUUCUUUUCUGUAGAGAGGGAGAACAGAGAAUGUUUGACUAGAAGGAUGAGAAAUGGAAGUAUGUUAAUUCCUCAUAAAGAAUCUACUGUGCCACAAGAAAACCACCCAUACAAAAAGAAGAAACAUUGUAAGCUGGUAAGCAGGAGAAACUGAACUCAGGGUUUUUACCGAGUGGAACGUAUAGAUGCAGUUGUUUAUAUAGCACUUAUAUUAGUUUUGUAAUACUAAAAAGGACUAAGGGGCCAGUUUCUAAGGCCUAGAUUAAGCCUAAAGCUAGACUAACUGGAAUUUUUAGAGAUGAAACACCAUUGACAUUGCAUUUCAGUCCAAGACUAGGCUUAAUCCACGUCCGUGAAACUGGUUGUAGGAGUAUUAGAGUCUAGCUCCUCUACAUGUCUUAUGCAAAUGUUUUGGUGCCCUGGUCAAAUAACAUAAAUGCAGCAUACUUCUGUAAAUUUAAGUGCAGUUUUUGUUAAUUUGUUGAAUUUAACACACUGAGAAAAAUGUGUGAUAAAUGUGGCACAUGCCCAAACUUUUGCACAAGCAUUAUUGUUUUUUCUUAUAUGUUAAAUUUGAACAGCCAGUAAACACUAAUCAAGCGCUAAAAUCAGAAAUGUGUUUGAUGUAAAGAAUGGGUUAACUUAUUUUCACCUAGAAACCCUAAUUUCAACAAGGGUGCUCCAACUUUUGCAUAAGAUAGAAUUUAUGGUUCCUUUUGUACAGCAGAAUCUAGUAAUAGUAAAUGACUCCCAUCUAACCCUUUAUAUGCAAUUAAAACUCCUGUUUUGUCUGAUAAGUUGGUAAAAUGCAGAAAUGUUUGCAUUAUUUUUGGGCACGUGCCUGAUUGGACAUUGCGGUUGUUUUUUGGUGCCACCAGAGUUUAUAGUGCCCCUUGUGUGUCAGAUUUCAGAACAGGUAGGUUUCAUGUUUGGUAUAUAGAGACAUUUAAUACAUAAAUGCUCUUUUUCCCAGUCAGAGAAACUGUCCGGAUAUGUAUUGACUGGUCCCAUAUUUCCAGCUCCUGUUUAUUUUCCCCGUUUGCGUCUUUUUCCUUUCCUGUUUGACUACUUAGUUCUACACCCUGAGGUGGGGCUGAGGUGUGGAGAUGGGAUGGGUAUUUAUUUACUGUACUGUAUCGAAUCAGUAGAUAUGAAUCUUUCAAUGAUUUUGCUUAAAUGUUACACCUGAUUUUCCCCUGUGAAUGUGAAAUGUACAUUUUGUAAAGUAAACGAAGUAAAAAGAUAUUUUUAAUGUUAAUAUGUAUUUUAUGUGCAAUGAUCUGGGAAAAUGUUUACCUCCUCCUGUUGUUUUUCCAAAAAUAAAAACAGAACAAUUGUGAAAACACA